AUGUCGUCAGUCAUAUCUCAGUCUAAUGAUCUAAAGAUAACUGUUAAAUUGACAAUGCGUGUGCCCAUCAAGUCCACGGAGGACCUCCUGAGUCGCAACCUCGGUGAAGUCUACCAACAGUGUCUGCAGAAACUAGGGGGAAAAAACUACAACGAGAAGCGUUUUAGCACUAAACUUAGAGCUAAUUCAGUUGGUCUUAGUCUCGCCAAGGGUUCUUGGUGGCAUUAUGGACCGAUCGUGUCCACAUUGUUAUACCAAAACAUCCUGCAGUUCUCUUCCUGUCCAGGACGUCCCGCCAAGAUCCUUCUCCUCAUUACUACCGAUGAUAGGAGCAGGACUGAGUUGGUGCUAGUCAAGACCAAGGGCAUAAACUAUGCGAAUCUACUUUUGGCCGCACUGCAGAGAAGCGUGCUUGAAGCUCACCAGCGUCUCUCUUACAAACCAGCCCCACUUGAGAACACAGACUCUCGACCUGUUACCUAUCAAUUGGAAGAACGCGACACAGCAUCAGUAAUACGACGAUCUUCGGUCUCUUCCUCUUCAUUAACACCAACUCAGAAGAUCGAAACGCCUAUGGCUAAAACUUCGGAAGAAACCCAGAAACAGCGAGACUUGCAUCAAAAAGGGACCGCAUCAUCGCAAAUAACGGGGGAAAUUCGAGUUAAGCCCCUUACAGUAGAGAUGCCGAUUCCCCCAGAACGUCUUAAAAAGAUGCAGAGUCAGAAAAAAUCAGAAAAUCAACGUGAUGAGGAUAGCAAGAACGAAAUUAACGGCUACACUGGAAACUAUACUAAGACUUCCUACGACCCAGAGACCAAAAUUGAGACCUUGGAUUCUGUGGUCUAUUAUGGUCAACAAACAGAAUGGCUAACAAAAGCGAAAAAUAACAACAAACCGAAAAAACCGAAGUCUCGGGCUCCACGUGAACUCAGUAUGGUAGGUAAUGGGCGAAAGGUGACUCGAGAAGUUGACGAAAACAAUAUUCCCUGGGAGGUUAAUAUCUGCUACAUUAAGCAUGAUCCGUUGGUUGGCUGUGUUGAAGACGAGUCGGGCCCUAUUUACAUGUACACUGCCCAUCAGCUGGUAUCACGGGAGGAACAAGAUUAUGACAUCCGUGAAUCUGACGAAAGUGACCCUAGCAGCUCCAGUGCCGAGGAAGAUAGUGCUGACGAGAGCUCGUGUGACAGCAUGGAUAGUUCUGAUGAGAACAAAGAAUUGGAAAAAUUUAUGAUGCUUGGAAGAAGCAACCAUACCACUGAACUCAAAAAUGGGAAUGCUGGCAGCCUGGGUGAGAUCUAUGAAUAUUAG